GUCUUUUUUUUCACUCGGCCUUGUGUGGUGGAGUGAUUAUUAUGUGACCAGAAAAUUCGACCUCGUCCUCAAGAGUUUUUGACAGAACUCAGGUAUUAUAGAGAAAUAUCACCAUGGCGGGCUUGCCUUGCAGACCUCCGUCAGUAGGUAUCCUACUGCCGCAGAAUCUCUCUUACGAGAAAGUAGAAUUUGAUCAAGUCUGCGUCCCUGCCAACGCCUUGAUCAUAGCUGAAAACGAGCAGAUAUUUCUGGCGAUGGCAAACGUCUUGAAAGAGCUCAAAGCUGUUCUGAUUGGCGAUGCUGGCUACGUUUACACAGGGAAAAUUGGCUCUCGGCAGGUCUUCUUGCUCAAAUGUCGCGGCCCUGGAGCAGUUGUUCAGACCAUCAAGAAGCUCAGACCAAGGGCUGGUUUGUUUUUGGGGUUUGCCAAAUCUCUUGUGAACAGACCUCAUGAAAUCGGUGAUAUAAUAAUUGCAGAGGCAGUUUUACGAAGGGAUGGCAAGCAAGAAAGACUUGAAAGUUAUGGCUGCAGUGAGUGUUUGAUUAAUGUGUUUGAAAACGGCAAGUAUGGCUGGACUCCUCCAAAAUAUCGCAAACAAGCUGUCCAUGUUGGAAAAAUUCUGCAUAUGGGAGAUGUUGCCAAAAACGAGAAAGCCAGCGCAGUUGCGGUCAAGACUUCAAGUUUGGAUGUUUCAGAAUGCAUCAAAGGCCUGGGAAAAGAAUGGAUUUCAAUCCUCAGUGUCACGGGAACCCCGCGUUGUCAUGGCAACCAGUCCUGGGAACCUUACGUAGCAGCGGUGAUAAGCUCGUUUGUCAAUCGAGUGUUAGAAGACGACCAAGUGUUUGCUGUCUUGGGAGGGGAGGGUAGGUGUCCCCGACAACAUAGUCCUCUUUUGAGCGACCCUUCGCAAGAGACAAUGGAUUGCUCGACGAAGAUUAAUGGUCAUGAUGUAUACCAGUUUGCAGACCUCAACUUGAGCCAGGAAAACAUUAAGAGAAAGGCGGAGAUGAACUGGGCACAAUUACAAUAUGCAAUGAGUAUUGGAUUAUUGCAUCUGCCGCCUCAGCCUAACUCACAGUCAAACACUCAUUCCAGUCAGGAUCGUUUCAGAAUAUUAUCUUCAUCGAAGUUUCCUGUGGAAAAUGGCGACAGAAGAGAGAUUGCUUCGCCUGUCUCAAAGCAUUUACCAAAAUCAGCAGACAAUCCUGGGACACACCCAAGCUUGAAGCCCACGGGUACCCAGCCUUUGCCACCCCUCCCCUCAGACAAAUACGCAAGGGCCGAAACACCAAAAAGAAAAAUAUCUGCACCAUCCGCCAAAAGUAAAAUAUCAGGAAGGAGCAGCCAGUCCCUUUGUCCAGCUGUAAGCUCCACCAUGGCUCUAACCACGGAGGCGGCACUGUUGCCUUUGGGAGCCACUCUUCAGAGUCAAGGAAGCCGUUACGAUAUUAUUUGGAUGAGAGCAGAGGAGAGAACAGCAAUUAGCAGCCAGCUGGAUGGGCGUUUCCUUCCUCCGAUAACACCAAUCAAGAAUAAGUAAACUGAAUUGUUACGCGAUGCUUUGUUACGUUCGUGGCGGUAGCUCAGUAUUAUAGGGUCCUUUAAAAUAGUAGUAAAUAGCGUGCUUUAGAGAUAUUUUUGCAUAUACCUGCAUGAUAUUUUACUUUCAGGUGGGGGGCUGUUCAGAAUGUUUAUCUUUCUGUGUGUUUCAGUAAAGCAGUGGAGACACAAGGUCAAAGUUUAUGACCGACAGGCAUUAAAUAGCCUUACAAAUAUGGUACUAAAGUCAAUCGAAGUAAAAUAAGUACAUAUUAAGUUCGUUUGAAAUGAUAUCAGACCAACAUCACUCAGUCGUGAACAAUGCCAUCGCCUACAGCCUUUUGUACGAUCAACUGCUGCUAAUUUAAACACCGUUUAAUGCAUGAGUUAUUUAAAUGACCUCCCGCAAGAGAUCAUAAAUUGUUUAUAAUUUCUUGCCUCUCGCUUUUGUCAGUGAAAUCUAACAAAGCAAACCUACACGAAGCACACUAGAGAAAUUGGACUGAGCAACCUUUUAAAUCAAUCAGU